CCACCACCACCACAACCACCACAAUUAUCAUCAUUGUCACAGGUCACAAUAAUGAAAUCAUCAAAUGAUGGUGGUAGUGGUAAUAGUGUUGGCGAUGGUGAAUCAAGUAGUGGUGUUGGAUCGAUACGUUCAUCAUCAUCACCACCAUCAUCAUCAUCAUCAUCAUCAUCAUCAUCACAACAACAAAAACAACAACCAUCACCACAACCACCAAGAUAUUUGGAAACAUUUCCAAAUGUCAAUCAUUUAAAUCAAUCUCAUCAACAACAUCGACGAUAUUUGGACCAAACAAUCGAUACUAAUCAUAAUCAUCAUCAUGAUGAUGAGAAUCAAUCAUUAAUCGAUAAAUAUGAAAAACCGAAAAUUGUUGAAUCACCAUCAUUACCACAAUUACCAUUAUCAUCAUCAUCAUCAUCGAAUAAUUGGCAUUUUGAAAAAAAUAAUAACAAUGUUAUGUUGACCAAUAUGGAAUCGAUAGCGAAAAAUAAAUUACAAAUGAAUAAUAAUGGUGAUUCAAUAAUAAAUCGAUCAAAUCAACACCGGCAGCAGCAACAACAACUACAACAACAACAGCAAUCAACCAAAGAUGGUGUUGAAUUAAUAUGGCGUAAUCUUUCUUAUCAUGUAUCACGUUUUCAAUGGAAAACAUUUAUAAAGAAAAAAGGACGUGGUAAUACACAUAAACGUUUAUUGAAUACAAUUAGUGGUUCAAUGCGUGCCGGUGAAUUGAUGGCCAUUAUGGGACCAAGUGGUGCCGGUAAAACAACAAUGAUUGAAUGUAUUAGUGGCCGUCGUCGUCGUGGUGUUACCGGUGAUAUUGUUGUUGCUAAUUGUACUAAACGAACAAAAUUAGCAUAUAUGGCACAAGAUGAUGCAUUCAUGCCUUGUCUAACUGUUUAUGAAACAUUAUUGUUUGCAUCAAAAUUACGUAAUUAUCAACGAAAUAAUCGAUGUAAAGUUAAAUUGAUCGAUGAUAAUGAAAAUGUUUAUAAUGCAACAACAUAUCCGGAUUCCAAUUUGGUCAUUAGUUUACCCGAUGGUACAUAUCAUCGUAAUUUGGUCAAUCAAAUUAUAAAUAAACUUGGCCUUGAUCAAUGUCGUAAUGUUAAAGCAGAAAAUUGUAGCGGUGGUCAACAGAAACGAUUAUGUAUUGCAUUGGAAUUGAUACAUUCACCAACCAUCUUGAUUCUGGAUGAACCAACAAGUGGUCUUGAUUCUGUAUCAUGUUUACAAUGUGUUAGUUUAUUAAGAGAAUUGGCACAUAAUACAGAACAACCAAUGGCCAUUGCAGCAUCGAUUCAUCAACCAACGGCAAGAAUUUUACAAAACUUUGAUCGUCUUUAUGUGUUGGCCUAUAAUGGCCAAUGUAUGUAUGAUGGACCUACUGAUCAAUUGGUAUCAUAUUUAAGUAGAUAUAAAUUAUCCUGUCCAACUUAUCAUAAUCCGGCUGAUUUUGUACUUGAAGUUGCUACCGGUGAUUAUGGCCAUGAAGUGAUUAAACAAUUAGUUAAUGAUCAAACUACACAACAUCAGAAAGGAUGUUUAAUGAUUAAAUAUUCAAAUACAAUAUCAUCAACAAAAAAUAAACAUUUGACAUCGAUGGAUUCUAAUCAUCAAACAUCAAAAGAUUCAACAAUUAUUACUGUUGUUAAUGAUGGUAAUAAUAGUAAUAUUGAUGAUAAUAAUAUUGAAACAACAACAAUAACAACAACGACAAUGAUGAUGAAUGAUAAUGAUGGUACACUGAUAUCGGAUGAAGUACGUUUGUGGCCAGAAAAUUGGAAUGCUGACACUGUUUCUAUAAAUAAAAUAUGUCAAAGAUCAAGAAAACAAAUAAAACGUCGUGAAUUCUAUAAAACAAUGUUAUUAUGGAUGCGUUGUAUGUUGCUAUCAUUUCGUGAUCCAACUGAAUAUCUAUUACGGAUAUUUGCAACCGUAUCGAUCAUAUUGCUCAAUAUUGUACUUUAUAAUGAUAGUAAAAUGGGACAAGCUGAUGGCUGUUCACAGGACACCAUUAUGCAUAUGGUCAAUACAAUACGUUCUGAUUAUGAUGGUAAUCAAUCAUUUUCAUUGGCCAAUUCAUUUCUAGAAGGACCAGGUGCAAUGGCAAUAUUGAAUUUUGGUUACAUUUUUUUUGCAAUGACAUUCUGUUCAUUUUUAUCAAUGAUGCCAACAAUAUUAACAUUUCCAUUAGAGGUGGGCGUUUUUUAUAAAGAAUAUUUCAAUGGAUGGUAUUCAUUUAGUUCAUAUUUUUUGGCCAAAAAUUUUACAAAUCUUUUACCUGCAUUAAUAUUGCCAAUAUUAUAUGGAUCUACUACAUAUUUGAUUACAAAUCAAUAUUGGGAAACAUGGAGAUUUCUUUAUUUUAUUGCAUUAUUAAUAAUGAUUUCAUUGGUUGCCGAUGGUCUUGGUUUAACAAUAUCGGCAAUAUUUGUCCACAAUGUUAAUGCGGCCAGUAUAUUUGCUGCCACAUCACAGAUACCAUUGUUAUUGUUCACUGGAUUUCUGGUACAGAUCGAUCAAUUGCCACGAAUCAUACAGCCGCUUACAUAUUUAAGCUAUUAUAGAUUAUUUUUCGAAUCAACCGUCAUAACAUUCUAUGGUUUUAAUCGUUGUCCAGAACCGGAACCAUUUGAUUUGAAACGUAUCCGUUCAAUAAUGGGCGAUGAUGCUGAAGAAAUGAUGGAUUGUGUAUGGCAGAAUACGAAUUUUUUCGAUUCAUCCAGUGGACCAUCAUUGACUGAUCGUUUAGAAAGAAUUCUAUCAGCAUCGGAAAAUCAAAAUCCAUCAUUAAUAUUACAAAAUUUUCAUUUACAUGAAAAGGAUUUACCAUUCUUAAUGUGCCUAUUGGGUAGUUAUGCAAUUAUUACACGUGUACUUGCAUAUAUUGUAUUGUAUCGAAAAGCUAAUUCAAGACGAUAACAUAAUUGAUGGGAAUUAUGAUGGAUUACAACAACAACAACAACAAUAUGAAGAAUACUCUUUUAUUGCAGAAAAAUUUUUCUAAUUUUUUUUUCUAAUUUUCUAAUUCACCAACAUCCAUCAACACAAGCACAAAUAUCUCUUUCACACACCCCCCCCCCCACACACACACACCUACAGACCUAUUAUUAUUCUCACUCAUAAUGUGAUCUUAUUAUUAUAUUCUAAUAUAUAAAUGAUAUAAUACAAUUUCUGGAAAAAAAACUUAGGGGCAUGGACAACAACUGAAAACUAUAAUUUGGAUAUUUUUUUUUCUUUGUUUUGUUUUGUAUUUCAAUGAUGAAAAUUUUCUUGUUUUUUUCUGUGUUUAUGUGUGACACGUGUGACACAUUUGCAUUGCAAACAAUAAACAGACAAACAAAUAGCAACAAGUGAAACAA